UUUUAAAAGCAGACAUAAUUGGAAAAAGACAAAAAGAAAAAGAAGGUAGACGAAGAGGAUCUUUGAGGUCCUCUGCUUCUCCUUCUUCUUCUUUCUUUUCAAACCACAAUCAUUUCUCAAGAGUUAAUUACCAAUUUAUUACUCAUUCAUCUCAAUAAUCUCAUACUACCCUUUUAUCUUUGGUCGUAUUACAAACUCUUUAAUUAUCUUUUUUGGAGAAUAUCAAGAAACAUAGAUUAUUUCUGGUAAUUCUUGGUUCCCAAGUGGUUCGCCUCAGCUCUUAAUUGGAAAUGGAAGAUGCAAAAGAUAUGAAGGAAAAUUCUCCCCAAGAAUCUGCUCCUGAACCUAAAGUUUCUGUUCUGUGGGAGGACCAAUCACAUGGUGAAACUCAACCUAGGCAACAUAUGAAUGGAACAGCAAAUUCUGAAAUUCAGGAGACAGACGUGUAUGCUUCUCAACAUUUGAAAGAAUCUUCUGACAGAUUUCCAACGGAAGAUAGUCAAAAUCAUCAGCCAGGAAGUUUAGGUUCAGCCUCUUCCAUUAAAUCCGCCGGUGCAGGUGACAUUUCGAAAACAGGAAGUCUUCAAUCAGCUGUGCCGACAGUUCAGGGGGAAGCCUCACCUCAAUUGGUAGAGGAUCUGAAAUCAUUGGAGCCUCCAACAGCUCUCUCGGAACCCACUCCAUCAUCUGUAUUAGAUACAAAAGCAAGUGAUUCAUUGCAGCAGUCACUGGAUGGUGAUUCCAGUGGUAGUCUUUCGAAUCAACCAAAUAAUACUGCUGAUGGACCAAGAGUAGAGGAAGUUGCUUCACCUUUAGUAACCAUGAAUUCAGACUCCCCUCCCCUGAAAGAGGAAAACCAAAAAGGAUCUUCGGUACACAACUCACUAUUUCAGCAAGAUAAUUCUCCAAGUAGUACUCACGUUUCUACUGAUACACCUCCUUUAUCCUCUCAAGAACACAAACCUGAAAAUAAUAUUCAUGUAGAGGCACCUAAUACUGGUCAGCCCCUAGCGAAGGCUUCCAAUCUCACAGUUAAGAUUCUAGAACCCGGUUCUAAGCACCCUGAAAACAUUGAUAUUAACAGAGUUAAAAUCGACACAGCUGCACCAAUUGAAUCUGUGAAGCAGGCAGUUUCCAAGUUUGGAGGCAUCGUUGACUGGAAGGCUCAUCGAGUACAGUCUGUAGAGAGAAGGAAAGUUGUCGAUCAAGAACUAGCAAAAGUGCAGGAGGAGAUCCCACUGUGUAAGAAACAGUCUCAGGCAGCAGAAGAAGCAAAAAUGAUGGUAUUAAAGGAACUAGAUAGUACUAAAAGACUGAUAGAAGAGUUGAAGCUGAACCUGGAGAGAGCACAAACAGAAGAGCAACAAGCAAAACAGGACUUGGAACUUGCCAAGCUCAGGGUAGAAGAGAUGGAACAGGGUAUUGCCGAUGAGGCUAGUAUUGCAGCCAAGGCGCAGCUUGAAGUUGCUAGAGCCAGGCAUGCAGCUGCAGUUUCGGAGCUAAAAACUGUGAAUUCCGAGUUAGAAGAUCUUCAUAAAGAGUAUGAUUUAUUGGUGUCUGAGAGAUUUGAUGCUGUACAAAAAGCAGAGGAAGCGGUUUCUGCCUCAAAGAAAGUUGAGAAGGAAGUGGAGGAUUUGACUAUUGAGCUCAUCACUACAAAGGAAUCUCUGGAGGCUGCACAAGCUGCACACCUGGAGGCAGAGGAACACAGAAUUGGAGCAGCGAUGGCAAGAGAGCAAGACACUCUAAAUUGGGAAAAAGAACUAAAGCUGGCAGAAGAGGAGCUUGAGAAGCUAAACCAGCAAAUACUGUCUGCUAAGGAUCUCAAAGCAAAAUUAGAUACUGCUUCAGCCUUGCUACUAGAUCUCAAAGCUGAGUUUGCUGCUUAUGUGGAAUCAAAGUUGGAAAAAGAGAUGGAUGAAGGCGGCAACUUCAAACGCGAACUGUCAGCGCCAGAGAAACGAACUCAUGCUGAGAUACAAGCAGCGGUAGCCUUGGCUAAACAGGAACUUGAUGAAGUGAAACGCAAUAUUGAGAAAGCAACAGUUGAAGUAAAUUACUUGAAGGUGGCUGCAACUUCAUUGAAGGCAGAACUGGAAAAAGAAAAAUCAGAACUAACUGCUAUCCAGCAGAGAGAAGGCAUGGCAUCAAUUACUGUAGCAUCUCUUGAAGCUGAGUUGAACAGGACCAAGUCAGAGAUUUCCCUUGUGCAGAUAAAGGAGAAAGAAGCAAGAGAAAAGGUGGUGGAGCUUCCUAAGCAAUUGCAAGAGGCCGCCCAAGAGGCUGAUCGGGCAAAGUUACUUGCACAAACAGCUCGUGAAGAGUUGAGAAAGGCAAAGGAAGAAGCAGAGCAAGCAAAGGCAGGAGCAAGUACCAUGGAAAGUAGACUAGUUGCUGCUAAAAAGGAGAUAGAGGCUGCAAAAGCUUCUGAGAAGUUGGCACUAGAAGCCAUCAACGCUCUGCAAGAGAGUGAAUUAGCUCGAAGCACCAAUGAUGAAGAUUCCCCAUCUGGAGUAACACUCUCUCUGAAAGAGUAUUUUGACCUCAGCAAAAUGGCCCAUGAGGCAGAGGAGGAAGCUAAUAAGAGGGUGGCUGCCGCUAUCACCCAAAUAGAGGUAGCAAAGGAAUCAGAGCUGAGAAGUUUAAGCAGGUUGGAGGAAGUUAAUCGUGAGAUGGCUGAUAGAAAGGAAGCUCUGGAAAUCGCAACCCAGAAGGCAGAGAAAGCCAAGGAAGGGAAGUUGGCAAUAGAGCAAGAGCUGAGGAAAUGGAGGGCGGAGCAUGGACUAAGACGGAAAGCUGGUGAAUCUCUUCAACCGAUAAACAUAACAAGAAGCCCGAGAUCGAGUGUUGAGGAGAGUAGAGAAUUGAAAACCUACGAGCGUGCACCAGGGGCUGCUUCACUACAUCAUAGGUCAAGUCCAAGAGCAUAUGAACAAGCAAGUAAUACUGAAACCGAUACAUCUCCAGAAGUGAAGAUCCCAAAGAAAAAGAAGAGGUCCUUCUUCCCAAGGCUCUUCAUGUUUCUGGGCAGAAAGAAAGCACAGGCCAAGACAGCAUGAUGCGCUUUGUGGUUUUAAAAUGGCUCAUCAUUUUAAACAUUGUUCCUCCAUUUUCUGGUUGUUUGUCCUGGGUGACAUAGUGUAAAUUCUCACUGCUUUUCUGUGUACAUGCCGAGUAUUAUUUCUUGUACAAUAUCAAAAUACUUCACUCACACUUUGGAUGGCUGAUUAUAAAACAGAGUAAGGCUGUUAUAGGUUUGGCUGCAAAAGUCAAUAAAUGAUUGUGUAAGUAAAUCGUCUGCUGCUUCAAUUUGUCUAAUCCUGGUAGUUCUGAAAGAAAAUAGAAGAAACUAGCACUGUUUCUAAAGUUUGACCUAAUAGAAAUAUAUUGGUUCCCUGUGUUUCUUGGUA